GAAAGAGGAGUCCUAAACCGACUAGGCUGCCUCAUACUCAGAAUCUACCUGUAAUUCUAUCUCAAUUCCCCAAAUUACCCCCAAUACAUACAACGGCGCGCCCUUACUCUUAUUUAUACGUAUCGGGACGCCGUUUCUCCUUUGUAGGCCUCAUCUCAUCUGCACAUUGCGAGAGAGAGAGAGAGAGAGGAACAAAAAUCGGAGAGUUAGGGCGAGAGAGAGAGAGAGAGAGAGAGAGAGAGAGAGAGAUCUAUGCAAUCGAAGAAAAGGCCUUCGAGUGGUGUAGAAACAAAAAUUGGAGUGGAUUUUUCUGAAUGUUAUUAUGAUUAUUAUGAGCUGGCUUGAUAAACUGCGUCGUUCUUCAAAUUUCAGCCGCUUCAUUGCCGGCCUUUUGCUCUUCCUUCUUUAUCAUUCUUCUCAAUUGAUUUCUAAUUUUCCCGUUCCUAUACACCCGUAAAAUUAUACAAUCAUCCACCGUUGCUUUCCAAGUUUUUGUCCAUCAAUUUGCAUUGUUUGAAUUUCGAGAAAAAUUCGCCGGUUUUUUGGCACCGGCUGUUAAUGGAUAUCAAUUGUGAUGACGAUUUGCUCUCUAGCGAUUUCUUUGACGACAUCUAUAGCUCCCGUGUUGGAAAGCAACAUGGUGCAUUGCCUUCUGUCAUUGUCAUUGGUGGAGGUAUAUCAGGGAUUGCUGCAGCGCGUAUGCUUCAAAAUGCAUCUUUUAAGGUAAUCUUGUUGGAAUCACAAGAUAGAAUUGGCGGCCGUAUUUGCACUGAUUACUCAUUUGGUUGCCCAGUUGACAUGGGAGCAUCAUGGCUACAUGGUCUCUGCAAUGAGAAUCCGUUGUCUCAAGUUAUAAGCUGCUUGGGGCUUACAUUAUAUCGUACAAGUGGUGAGGACUCAGUUUUAUAUGACCAUGAUUUGGAAAGCCUCGAGGAGACGGAUAAAGUGAGGAAUGAACAUAGUGAUGACAUGUCUGUAAGGCAAGCGAUAUCCCUUGUGCUGGACAGGCAUCCAGAAUUGAGACAAGGAGGACUUGCAUAUGAAGUACUGCAGUGGUACAUCUGUAGAAUGGAGGCAUGGUUUGCUGCAGAUGCAGACACAAUAUCUCUGAAAGCUUGGGAUCAGGAGAAAGUUCUUUCUGGUGGUCAUGGACUGAUGGUGCAAGGUUAUGACCCUGUUAUAAAGUUCUUGUCAAAAGAUCUUGACAUCCGCUUAAAUCACCGGGUUAAAAGGAUUGUCAAUGGAUAUAAGAAAGUGGUUGUUACGGUUGAGGAUGGGAGGAACUUCGUUGCUGAUGCUGCAAUUAUUACUGUGCCUCUAGGGGUUCUGAAAGCUAAUUUAAUUGAGUUCAAGCCUAAGCUGCCUGAAUGGAAGCUUUCUGCAAUAUCAGAUCUUGGUGUGGGCAAUGAGAAUAAGAUUGCAUUACGAUUUGACAAUGUUUUCUGGCCAAAUGUGGAAUUUUUGGGCGUAGUUGCACCCACCUCUUAUUCUUGUGGUUAUUUUCUCAAUCUCCACAAGGCCACAGGUCAUCCAGUUCUUGUCUAUAUGGCAGCUGGAGCCCUUGCAUAUGACCUGGAGAAGCUAUCAGAUGAGGCUGCUACAAAUUUUGUGAUGUUACAGCUGAAGAGAAUGUUCCCUGAUGCAUCUGAGCCUGUUCAAUAUCUUGUGUCGCGCUGGGGAUCAGAUCCCAACAUCCUUGGGUGUUAUUCCUAUGACGCAGUUGGGAAUUCAGAUGAUAUAUACGAUCGGCUCCGAGAACCUUUGGGCAAUCUUUUCUUUGGGGGCGAAGCCGUGAGCCUAGAUCACCAAGGUUCUGUACAUGGUGCGUAUUCAGCUGGAAUUAUGGCAGCAGAAAAUUGUCAAAAGCAUCUUAUGCAGAGGGUUGGAAGCUUGGAAAGGAUUCCAGUCCUCGCCUCAAGAGAUAAAAUUGUUGAAGUUCCAGUUCCACUUCAGAUCUCUAGGUUGUGAGAUCAUGCUAUACUGUCUGAAUUAAUGUUUUCUUAGAUUUGGAAAAUUCUUCCAAAUGUACUGUUUCCUUUUCUUCAAAUGGUUAGUUUUGCAAACAGUAUAUCUGUUUCUUUGUCUUCAAAUGGUUGGUUAUGCAAACAGAUUAGAACAUUGUUCUGUUUACCUGAUUAAGUGAAUUUUCAAUUUACAAAUUUAUCCAAA